AAACAGUGAAGUACACUAGCCUUUGCUCCGUUUUUUUCUACAACGAAUCAAUUUUCAAAUAAAUAAUUUAGAUACUCUUCUGUCGCUUUUAUCAGGUAAAAAAAAUCGCCGUUUAACGGAAUUCAGCCGUUCCAGCUGGUGUCGGUUCACCCCCGGACAAUUUGCUAAGCUAACUUUUAAGUUUUCGCGGUUUUGCAGUUGCUCGGAUUGAUAUCUAAACGUCACGCACAUUAUUUGACACAAAUCUGUUAAUAUUUAUAGCACUAACCGGUUAAAUCAGUUGAGCGUGUAAUGGCUGAAAGACCCGAGGACCUCAAUCUCCCCAAUGCUGUCAUCACAAGGAUUAUAAAGGAGGCACUACCAGAAGGAGUAAAUGUGUCCAAGGAGGCAAGACGGGCGAUAUCUCAAGCAGCAAGUGUUUUCGUACUCUACGCCACAUCUUGUGCAAACAGUUUUGCUAUGAAAGCCAAGAGGAAGACACUUAACGCUGGAGAUGUGAUGUCCGCUAUGGAGGAGAUGGAGUUUGAGCGUUUCUUGCAGCCACUGCGGGAGGCACUUGAAGCUUAUAAGAAAGGUCAGAAAGGCAAGAAGGAGGCAUCGGAGCAAAAACGCAAGGACAAGGAGAAGAAAAAUGGCACAGAUGAGAAUGACAAGAGUAGGGAUGAAGAGGAAGAUGAGCACAUGGAUGAUGAACAGGAUGGGGAAAAUGAAGCAGAGGAAGAGGAUGUGGAGAACUGAAAGAGACCUUACUUUUUUAGUCUGGGUUCCACUUUUAUAGUGUGGACAGGGACAAGCCUAUGGUACCGUUUUACCUUAUGCAACUGAAUAUCUGAGGCUGUAUUACAGUGAGCUGUUGUGCAAGGCAAACUGGACAUUAAUUCAGUUAGAUCAGAAUUCAUGGACAGAUUAUUGUAAGUAAUUUAACAUACUGUCACUUGGGUCAAGAAACUACACGUUGUUUAAAGAUUUGAGGUAGGAAGUGAACAGUGAGCAGCUUAAAGUACCUGGGAAGCAUUUUUGUAAGAAUUUCAUUUAAUGUAAAAUCUUUAUACCGUGGUGUUUCUAUUGAUUUUAUGAUUGGGCUCUACAACCCAAAUGUUAGAUACUUUUGUACUUAUCUUUGUACCACUCAAAAAUAUUUGAGUACUUAACCCCCCAAUUAAAGUUUGUUGUGUUAA